AUGGCCCCAAUCGCUUUUGAUACGUCUUCUAACGAUGCAAACUUGUUCCAUUCCGGAGAACACAUUAAUCAUGCGACUAAAGAAACAGUGAAAUAUUUUUUAAGCCAAGAGGAGAAGCCGCAGCACAUUCAACAAAACCAAGAGCUGUGCCAAAAUUCUCGCGAAUCAUUACAACCUGAAGAAUUACUUAAAGUUCCAAAAAAAGACGAGGAGGAAGAUAACGAGGCUGAUAAAGAACGUGCAAUGAAUAUCAACGAUAUGGAAGAAACUACCGACUCGCAUAAUUUAGAAGAAAAAUUGUUAAAAGAUAAUGAAGAUUAUGAAAUGGUCUCGAGAGCCGUUAAUGUUUUAAAAUUCCAAUUGCAACAAGUAAAAGAAGACAUUUCCAAAUUGAAAACAAUGAAGGAAAAGGCUUUAAAGGAUCCAAUUCAAUUUGUCGAAGAUUUGCGUAAUGGGACCAACGAAAAGGUUCCUAAAAGGCAAUUCAUAUUUGGUGCACCAACAAUUGAUUGGAGCAAAUAUCAUACCACCCCUUCAAAAUACAAAGCGCGUAUAGAUCAAGAAGUAAUGAAAUGUUCCAAGGAGCGUGUGAACCCAUCUUCAAGUGAUAGGUCACGAGCUGGUCGAGAGUCCUCACCAGACAUCGUUGAAUUUGUUCACCAAAAAGCUCAAGAACUUGGUUUCAAAGUUCCCCCAAACGCGAUAAAAUCAACGCGUUCUAAAAAACAAAGAAUUAAUCAAAGUAGCGAUGACGAAAGUACAUUCACACUUCAGUCGGGAGCAUAUAUAAAUGCGCAAAGGUCAACGCCAUUGAGCUCAAAAAGAAAACAAAUGCCAGCACGGACUACGUUGACUAAAGCACAAUGCUUAAUUUCAAAUUGCUCUACAAGGUUCGUUCCGUCAUUAUUUUUUGCGACAUCGAUAUCUUUGUCAAAAAAUACUUUAACAAAGAAUAAAAAAUCGGGCAGAACAUCCAAGUCAGAUUCGUCCAAGCUUCCUCCAGAAAAACGUCCUCGACGACCACGUGUAUCCGGAAUAGCUUAUAUGGAAGCGCAGCCUCCGCCUACUUUAUAUAUGCCUGAUGAUGAUGAUGAAACUGUCAUUAAGGAAGUGAUGUUGUUAAUGGACAAGAUAGGCAAUGAACCCAAGUCGUACAAUUACGCUGGUGGUGCCGUACAUAAUGGAUAUUGUUGUGAUGGUUGUCAUAUGGAUCCAAUACUUGGUACUCGUUUUCUUUGUAUGAAUUGUGAUGAAACUCGAGAAGUGGAUCUUUGUGAAGAUUGUAUGAUCGAAGGGAAAUUUGAAAAUGAACAUCAUAAAAAAUCGCAUCGGUUUUCGGCAAUUGUUAAUCCUACAUCGCAACGUUUUAAUGCGGAUUAUGUUCCUGAACAAGUUGAUGAAUAUAGAUAUUUAGAUGCUACACCCGCCGAACAAUAG